UUAUGUGUUAGAGCUGGUAAUAUCUGUGCUUAUAAGUUGAAAGUGUUACUCUUUAUCAAUAAAUCACGUACACAAAGUCGAUAAAAAAAAUAUUCAAAAAUUUGUAUGGACGACUUAGAAAUACGAGAUGAGUUUUAUUCGCUUAUUUUAUUAUAUAUUUACUAAACUUUGGAAACCAAACGGACGACGAAAUAUCGGUAAACAAAAGGAAAUGUUGCUUGAGAUAGAAAAAGACCACCGAGAUCUGCGAAGUUGUCUACUGAGGACAUCAUGUAGAAGGACUCUUCUGGUCGUUCUGGCAUUGUCAAGCUUAGCUAUAUCUGUAGCAAUCCUAAAAAGCCAACUCCAAGUGCAUGCUUUUAGAAUUACCGCAUUUGAAACAUUUAAAGUUUUUACUCCCCUUAGACAAGAGCCUCCUCCAAGGGCAAGCAAAUGCCCUCCCGCCAAGAACGUAGUCUUCAUCAAGACUCACAAAACGGGAAGUUCCACUGUAGCGAACAUCAUCUCUAGAUACGGACUUGUCCGCAAAUUAAAUUUUGCUCUUCCAAACCGAGCCAUAUUUCAGAGGCAUUUGAACCACAUUUCAAUGCCAGGCGAGGUAAUGACUGAAGAUUGUAUUUACCCUAUACCGGACGGGCAAGAAUAUAACAUCGUGACACACCACGCUGUCUACAACCGGACAUUCUUCCAACAGAUCAUGCCGAAGAACAGCACUUACAUUACAAUCUUGCGAGAACCGUUUUCGCAUUUGAAGUCCGCUUACGAGUACUACAAGAUUGAGAAAUAUUUUGUGGCCAAGGCACCGGGUACGUUUGACCCGUCCAAUCCGAUUUCUUCGUUUUUGAAAGACCCUUACUUCUACAGCAGUAAUGGUACUAACUUUACGAUCAUCAGGAAUUCUCAAUCCGCAGAUUUAGGGUUCAGGGAGGAGCAUCUGGAGACGACAAGGUUUCAAGAAUAUUUAGAGACUUUGGAUAAAGACUUCUCUCUCGUCAUGAUCCUUGAAUACUUUGACGAGAGUCUCUUGAUGUUGAAACGCCUCCUGUGCUGGGAAUUGAAAGACAUCUUCUAUAUCCCGAUGAACGAAAAUUCCCGAAAGAGAAUAUUGCCUUACACGGAGGAAGACAGAAUGCUCUAUAAAGAAUUCAGUCCGUUGGAUCACGCUCUGUAUUCGUUCUUCAGGUCAAAGUUUGCCUCAAUGCUAAAGAGUCAAAAUAAAGAGUUCUUUGAUGAGCUUAGCCAUUUUAAAAGCCUACUAAAAGAAGUUAGAUUUAAUUGCAUGUUUGGGAACACGCUAGUCGUUAAGGCCACCCAGUGGCAUAGCGAAUUUGAGUUCACUGGUGAAGAUUGUAGACUGGCCAACAUGAGGCUCAGAGAUGCAGUCGGAAUGUUGUACGGUCAAUCUUUUACACAUCAACAUAUAACCGAAAGUAAAAUUGUGUUUCGAAGCGAAGAAUACGUUAUUUAGGAGUGAAAGCUCAUUUCCUGCUUCACUAUAUCUAUUGACUUUCUAACAGCGCUAUCACGCUUAAAACAACGAAACUAACUUCCACUAUUGACUAUCUUUUUUUAUUUAUUUAUCCGCCGAUCUAUCAAUAUGAUGAGACACUUCAGGACAAAAAAAAAAAGAGAGAUUCGACUAGUCUAGAUCAAGAACAAGACAAUGGUACAGCAAAAGAGAUUCGACUAGGCUAACGAAAGAACAAUGUAAAGUAGCAAACCAGAACUUAAAAUAAAAAUAAAAAAAAAAUAUUCAGACACAGACCAAUAUUUUUCCUAGUGCCUUUUAGGCUUGGAACGUGUUGCCAGAAUCAGACAGGUAUACGUGUCCUGCUAGAAGUAGAAGCCUGUAAUUAACAUGCACGACUACACAUGGAAUCACGUAUGACACAAUUAUCUUCUCAUUUUUUGAAGCAACGUCUGUAAUUUAUAAGAUAACAUGAAACCGGUUUUGGAGCCUAUAGCUUUAGAAGAGGGCACCUGGUUGCAGUCGGCUUCAGAACGAGGCAGCUGGAGGUCAAAGGCCGCGGAUACACAUUUGAGGCCAAAAGAAAAUCUAAAUCGACCACCAGCGGAAAAUGGUUCUGCCUGCGUUGGAUGUGGCAAAAUAUGUAGGUCGCAGCUGGGGUGCGUAUCCACAGAAAAUACUGCCUUCCUCAUUAAUCUUCUGACUUUUACUAACAAAAUUAAAAGGGAAAUAUUGAAGCCCAACGCAAGGCGUAUGUCCACUAGGAGCCUGAGACACGGUGUCACGUGAAGAUGAAUUCUUGGUAUCAUGCCCAAUGCAUACAGAUUUAUAUCAUGUCCUAGACGUAUAACUUUUGGUCAUGUCUAAGGUUUAUGGCUGAUUCGACCACCUCGGGCAAAAAUUAUUUCUAAUUAUAGAUGUGGCAAAAUAUGUGGUCGCAGCUCUGGGACUGCGUAACCACAUGUGAUGCUGUACUCUUAUAUUGUAUUAUUGCUCGAUACUAUUGUGAAUGAAUUUUAGGUGACCUCCGAGACACGCUAAGAUGAAUUCUUGGUAUCAUGCCCAAUGCAUACAGAUUUAUAACCUUUGGUCAUGUCUAAGGCUUAUGGCUGAUUUGACCGCCGCCGGUAAACAGUUAUUUCUAAUUAUGGAUGUGACAAAAUAUGUGGGCCGCAGCUCUUGGACUGCGUAACCGCGUGAAAUGCUGCACUCUUGUACUGUAUUAUUGCUCAAUACUGUUGUGAAUUUGAAGUGACCCCCACUAAUUAGCAUUUUAGUAUACACUUCAUUCUGUUGGUCUGGCCACAUGACGACGUGUGGUGUGUUCUAAUUUUAAGCAUUUUUUCCUUUGCUUGGGUAUGUAUUGUUGGGUAUAUAGAUGGUCUGUUGAUCGAUUAUGCAAAAUUGAGAAAGUAAAUUCAAAUCAAUUCAGUUAAUGUAAUGUGUUUUUAAGAUAGACAGUGUAUAAUAAACAAACAGACACUCUGUACAACUUUUUUUUCCUUAUUUAAAAAACAACUCAGUCAUUGACUGAUAGAUAGGCCAGGGGUCGGCAACCUUUUGAGUUGGAAGAGCCAAAAAUGACAAUUUACACAAUUUUGAAGUUUUUAAAGAGCCACAAAGUUUUUUCUUGCCAGCUAUAAAUCUCACACAAUGAAUUUUUUAAAAUGAAAAAAACAAAAAAAAAACUAAUUCAUGUAAGUAGUGUUUAUCACAACAAAUUAGAUAAGAUAUAUAUGGUAUUAUUAUAUAAUUAUUUUUUAAUUCGGUAACAACUAAAUAAGUAAGACAUUUACUUGCAACACUAACAUGUACUCCAAUAACAAACAAUUGAGGAAACAAAUUCAAUGAGAGCGAUGGAUUAGGUUUUAGAAAGUUUGGAUACAUUUUGGCUCAUAACUUGUUGCUUUUAGUUUCAAACACGACUCUAAAUUUUCUUUUGUUAGUGGGCUUCUUACUUUACUUUUAAUUAUAGUCAUGCAAGAGAACAAAGGCUUGCACGAAUAUGUCAAUCUGAAGAUAGUCAGCACUCCAAAUGCCAACUUUUUCACCUCACUAUAGCAAUCUGGAAGAUUAUUCCAUGUGCCGAAUUAACUCGUGGCAUUCCUUAGAAAGCUGUCCACUUUUGUUGCGUUACAUACAUACAUUUCUGGACCUCCAACACUUCCAACUUGCUUUUCAACUCUGUAAAUUUUCCACCCCACAAAGCUUUACUUUUUAAAUCGAUCAAUUGCAUUUCUAGAGAUCCAAUAUCAGUUCCAAAUGGAUCAAUGUGGAUUUCGUUACUAUUUGUGUUGAGAAGGUGUACUAGGAAUACUAGAAUAGUUUUGUAGGUUUUGAGCUGCUCAAAUUUAUCAAGAAAUUCAUUUUUGAUUUUUUUGUUAUAACCGUGCUGAAGUAAUUUGUGUCGAAAGUGGCGCCGAUUUUAUCGCAAUGCUGCUUUAGACGUUCAAAAAUGAAAUAAUUGACCGCUCUGAUUAUCUUCGGCAAAAAGAAUUAAUUGUCCUUCAAAACAAACCAAUUCUUAUACCAAAAAUGUAUUUAUUUCAUUCAAGCACAAAGCUAAACGUUUCGUCACCCUACCUUUGGAAAGUCAUUGCACUUUUUUGGGAAGAAGAGGUCGGAAUACUGAGUCUCCAUUUCGUUUAAGUGGUAGAGUGCUUUUCACAAGAUGCUGUUAACAAUCUUUAUUACCAAAUUCAUGACUUCACCUAAUUCGGUCGGAAUUGUUUGGGCUCACUGUACUUCUUGGUGCAUUAUUCAGUGAAACGUAAGAAUUUCUUGGUUUAUUUUGCUCCGACGAAUCGUUGUUGGCCCUUUUUUCCUGUCAUACUUCUGGCUCUAUCAGUUGCUAUUUAAAUGAUUUUAUCUAAAUCGAUCUUAUUGUCUUCAAGGUAUUUUCGCUUAACUUUCGCUCUAUCGUCCCCUCUAGUUUGUCAUGAGAGCGGUAGAAAUCCUAGAAGUUCUUCUUUUGGACUUUGGGAAGACAUAUAUCUGACAAAAUGGGCAACUUGUGCCGUGUCUUUAUGUUGCAAGAAUAAUCUAUAGCAAGUGAUAAAUGAUUUUGAAAUCACGAAACAUUUCUUCAGAUGCACGUAGGAAGCAAUCUUUGACAUACUCAUCAUCUGUAGAUGGUAUGCGUUUUUGUGCAGUUUCUAGUGGUACCGCAAACUUUGCCGGAUUAGUAUUACUUGUAGAUUGUUUAUACAUUUGAGGAGAUCAUUCACUUCUAACUCAUUUACUUCAAACAACAAACUAUACGUCACAGCCAAAGCAUGUGGUUAAGAUGCCAAUUCGUCUUGCGUCGAAACGAAUUAAAACCAUUUGACGACGGCGUCAUUCGAGAGCUUCUGACGGACUGACAACAGUGACGACGCGUAUAAUGGGGGAGGGGUGUGGGGAAAAGCGAGUACAAGUGGCUGAGAGAUCGAAUCGGUGCCUAAUCCCUGUUAAAUGAUUCAGAACUAUUUUUUUUUAAAAUGAUGUUUCCAUAAAAUAAAUAAUAUUUGCGUAUGGAACUAAAGAGCCGCAGCUUCACAUUCAAAGAGCCGCAUGUGGCUCGCGAGCCGCAGGUUGCCGACCCCGGAGAUAGGCACCACUUUGUAAACUAAUGUUAACAUUUAAAAUUUAAUAAGUUGGUUACCCAUUUUUAAAUGCAUUUUUUUUUCAUUUGAUUAAAACAAGCAAAAAAAAAUAAAAUAUGAUAACAUUAUAAAAUUUUCCAAGGGAGAGAGCCGCUAAUUACUUCAAUUUAUCUGAAAACGACAGGGAUUAGCUCCCAUUCUGCUCCAUAAACUAAAAUUAAUUAAUUAGUACUAAUUUAUAAACCACUUGCUUAAUUUUUCAAUUGAUACCUGUUUAAUAGGUAAAUACGUAUGUAUGUACGUAGGCCUAUAUAUGUAUAUAUAUGUAUCUAUCUAUCUAUAUUUAUUUAUUUGUUUAUUUAUUUGUUUAUUUAUUUGUUUAUUUGACAUAUUUAUUAUGAUUUAUCUUUUUGUAUGUUCCGAAUGUUCCCUCACAAGUGAAGAUUAUAACAUCUCAGCCAAAAACGUCCAUUCGAGCGACGGGGGAUUGAGGCUAGUAUGGUUCAAACCCAAGACUAGAGCGCAUAUAUGCAUGUGUGUAUAAAUGUACAUACGAUUGUAAGUAUGUGUAUAUAUAUGUAUACCAAUAUGUAUGUGUGUGUAUUGUCAUUGUCUGUGUGUGUCUAUAAAAAUGACACAAGCUUUUCGUUUUCCUGAAACUGAAACUGUAAAUCGUGCAUGUUCAAACUGAGCGGCCACCCAAAAAUCCGCGAGGAGACUGUCGCACUGGCUGACGGGUAAUCUGAAAGCAACUCCCACAUGCGGUCCCUUUUUUUUUUAUUAUUAUUUUGAAUAGGGCAGGUGCAUUCAGUUGAACCCUUUCUCCUACUCUCAUCGCAGGGCCGGCCUUAGGUAAAGGAAACCUAGGCAUCCGCCUAAAGCAAUGUAAAGUCCCCCUUUCAGACCUUGCGAUCUAUAGGGCAGAUGAUGUAAAGGUCAUGGUCUCUGUUGUCCACGUUUAACGAGGGUUUCAUGUGUCCAGCACAACGACCAACCGACUUUUCCUCAUGUCAGGUACCCAUUGGAGCUGGGUGGACUCAGAGGCGCCCAAAUAUCCCGAAGUUAAAAAUCCCAGUCUUCACCAGGGUUCGAACCCCGGAACGUCGGAAGCCAGGCGCUUUACUGCCAAGCCAACUCGCCUCAGGCAGCCGCCUAAUGCCUCUGUUUGUGGAGGGGCUUGCACAUGGAUCACAUCUGAAAUAUAGACCCUCCCCCCCCAAAAAAAAAAGCUCUAUCAUUUAUAUGUCUACUACUAUAUGUCUACUAGUCUAUCUCUAAAUCUCUACUAUGAUUCAAGGUAUAUUCACAAAUGUUUAGAUCUGCUUGUUAGACUACAUAUGUUAGAAGAAAAUUGCUUCUUCCAUUUGUUAAAAUGUCAAAACGUUAAUUCUAGUCUGGUGAUCCUGAAUUGUCGAUAGUAUUGGAUCACUAUUCAAUGGGUGAUAUGAAUUUAAUUUGUUGUUUUAGUUAUAGAUACAAGACAGCUUAUAAUUUUUUGCAUAUUUUUCAGUCUUAUUUUUUUGUUUUUCUGUUUCGCUUGGGGCCACCCUAUACAGCUUGUCUAAGGCCUCCCUAUUCGCUUCACCUAGGGCCUCCAAAUACCUAUGGCCAGCCCUGCUUAUAGACAGGUGCUCAAAUUCUUAUUUCCCUGAACACUUGGGCAAUACAUCUGGGGCUGUAUUACGCUUAGCGUAUUUAAUUUAUAUAUUUAUAAAUAUCUAUAUUAUAAAGUAGAAAGUAAGGCGUAUGUAUGUAUGUAUGUUAUGAAUAGAAAUCAAAACCGUUUGACCAAUCUUGAUAAAACUUGGCAGAAAUGUUCCUUGGUUGCUAAAUUAGACCGUAGUGUAUGUAUUGUAGACCUAAAACAAACUUAAGACCCUUCAAAAAAAAAAAGGCUUCCAACUCUAUGAAAGCAUUAUAUAAGGCUAGUCUUCGAGUCCGAAGAUCAGUGAGGUAUGCAGUAUUUCCCGUGGCAGCGCAGUCCCAGCUGUGACCUACAUAUUUUUGCCACAUCCAGGGCAAGAAUAAACAAUGUCCGCAGGUGGUCGAUUUAGAUUUUCUUUUCGACGUCUGCGUCUGUCCUCGGCAGCGGAUUUUCUUUUGGUCUCAAAUGUGUAUCCCGCGGCCUUCGUGAGUGACCUCCAGCUGUCUCGUUCUGAGGCUGAAUGCAACCAGAUUCUCUCUUCUAUGUCAAUCAAGGAAAGUUGACGCCUAAGCUGGUCUUUGAAUCGUUACCGCGCCUCUGUUACGUCGACCACCUUUUAGCUCACCAUAAAAGACUGCCUUUGGCAUACGUUUGUCUCCCAAACGGGAUACGUGCCCUACCCAGCGUAACUGUCGAACCAUAAUAAGUCCCUCUGUACUGUCCAUACCUGCAUUCGCAAGGACAUCGCUGUUUGUGCGGUCUUGCCACCUUAUGUCCAUGAUGGAGCGCAAGCAUCUUUGGUGGAAGCGCUCAAGAAAGCAUUAUAACUUCAUCGAACUAGGCUAUGUUUACCAUAUUUACAUGAAAAGAUCGAAAGGAUCUAGAUCUAGAUCUAAUUUUAGAAACUACCAUUUGGCAGAUAGUUUUUUACUUUGAGACAUGAAAAUACAAAAUAUAGUCUAUUGAUUUCAUUAUUUAAUAAAAUUAACCUUCAAAUGUGUGUUUCAAAUGCUUUUUUUUUUUACAUAAAUUCGUUCCUUAUGUCUGCGAAUUUAGAAAUCCUGACGAACAUUCUUUCAAUAGACAUUACGCGAAAUGUUACUAAAACUCUAUUUUAACUCUAAGAUGAUAGAACUUCUCUUCGCAAAGAUAGUUUUAUAAUUCAACACAUUAACAUAUUAAUUAUAGUCCAUUCAUUUAAUAUUUAAUCAAAUUAACAUUCAAAUUUGUUUUUCUAAAGCACUUUUACAUAGAUUUACAUUCGAUCGCCAAUGUUUUCAUAAAAAAUUGAAUUUAGGUCAAUUAGCUAUUUUUAGCUCAUUCAUAAUAUUUUUUUAUUCAUAAAUUCAUGCAUUCGCUUUACUUAUAACUUUAUUAUUUUCUUUAAUUGUUUCUAAUGCACUAUAUCAGUGACUACAUCAGCAAUACGCAAGUUAAAUUUUCCGAUGUAUCCGCUGGUUUAGCAUUGGCAAGGUACUGAGAAGAAUUUAAAUCUCAAGAAAGAAAUUUAUAUGUUCCUUGAAGUUCAUUGAGAGUGACUUUGUUAUUAAUAUUUCUAAUGAAGAGUGGAAGACCAGAUUUCAUGUUUCUCAUGAGUCGUCUGCAUAUUAAAUAUAAGUGCAUUUUAAAUAUUUUCAUACAUGGCUUUCCAGUUUCUUCAAGCAAGCAAGUGCAAACAAGCUUUGUGAUUUUCCCUUUGCUCAAAUUUGAAACUACUUGUAGUGAAAUGGUUAAUAGGACAAGACUUAUUUAGAUUCCCUAAGUGUGGCAUGUAUAAAAGCAAAUUUAAAGACGUCAAGAACCAGUUUUCAAUACCAUCAUCUCACCAUUUAGCUCAGAAACUGAUUCAGCUCCAGAGAACAUAGCUCCAUGCACAUUAUGACAUCUAUAAAAAAGCUAACAAGAUCCUCGAAAUAAAGAAUCACCCUUUGUGUCAGGAUUUUGUGAUUUUACCAUCACAAAAGAGAUACAAGACACCGAUAGCAAAGACAAACAGACA